GUUUCAGUGUAGCUUAGAGAACCAGGAAAAUCACACAGCUUGAUCAACACAAUGCAAAACUAAUUUAAAUGCUUUAAAACUGAGCCCUCUAAGAUUUUAACUGAAAUCACUAAACUAAAAAAAAACGAUUAACACAAAGAGAAGGGGUAGAGCUGCUCUGCUACCCCCUUAUUUAAGAUUCCUUUGAUUGUAGACACUGUAAAGACUCACAUUAAUUAUGGGAGACUUCACUGGUAAGGCUGAGCUGUCUGUCUCACAAGGAAUUCGGAUGAUGUUUUAUGUCUUUCAUCCAAAUGAAUCUUCCUUUGAAACCAUAGAGGAAGUACCAGAUUACGUGGAAAAGGCUACUCCUUAUUUCCUUGUUAUGUUGCUGCUUGAAAUGAUUGUCAGCUGGAUUCGAAAGGGGAAGCAAAUACGUGUUAAUGAUGGACUCACUUCGCUUUCCGCCGGAGUUAUGUCUCGUCUACCAAAUGUUGUCUCCAGAGGACUUGAGGUGACCACUUAUAUCUACAUAUGGAACAACUACAGAUUUGUUGAACUUCCUUGGGAUUCUCCGUGGACUUGGUGGUUGGCGUUCUUUGGUGUAGAUCUUGGAUACUACUGGUUUCAUCGCUUGGCUCAUGAGGUUAAUAUAAUCUGGGCUGGACAUCAAACCCAUCACAGCUCUGAAGAUUACAACCUAACCACUGCGCUAAGGCAGUCUUUUCUUCAAAAAUAUUUCUCUUGGAUUUUAUAUUGGCCAAUGGCAUUUUUUGUUCCUCCAUCUGUGUUUGCCGUUCAUCUUCAAUUCAACCUCCUUUACCAGUUCUGGAUACAUACAGAGUUAAUAAACAAUUUGGGACCUCUGGAAUACAUUCUCAAUACCCCAAGUCAUCAUAGAGUUCAUCACGGUAGAAAUCCAUACUGCAUUGAUUCAAAUUAUGGAGGAACUCUUAUAAUCUGGGACAGAAUAUUUGGAACAUUUGUACCAGAAAAAGAGAAAGUGGUGUAUGGCCUAACACAUCCAAUAAACACCUUUGAACCCUUUAAUGUCCAGAUACAACAUUGUAUCUAUAUUUGGCGUACAUUUUGGGAUACCCCAGGAAUCACAAAUAAAUUAUUUGUAAUAUUUAAAGGACCUGGAUGGGGACCAGGGAAACCUCGACUUGGUCUUCACGAGGAACUUCCGCAGAUCACUGGAGACGAAAAGCCGUAUGACCCCAGAUUACCAAUAUAUUUGCAAAUAUAUGCAUUUAUACAUUUUCUUCUGAUGCUUGCUAUUUAUACCCAUAUGUUUGAAGCCAAACUGGUAUUAUCAUCGUUAACACUUCUAUUGAGGAUUCUGUACAUUCUCCUAACAUUAACAUGUCUUGGUUUCCUUCUUGAGCAAAGGCCUUCAGCUCCCAUUUUGGAGGCCGCCCGAUGCUCUGUGUUCAUACUGCUUGAAAAAUAUGGCUAUUUAACUACAGGCAUCCCCUAUCUGUCGUAUAUUUGUCAGAUUAUUUUCCCUAUCAGUAUAGCUGUGUGGGGACUGCAAGCCUUUAGACAAUCUAUGAACAGUACAAAGAAGACUGAAUGAAAAUUCCUUUCCCUUUCAUCAUACAUGAGAAAACCGCUUAUAUGUUCAGCUGUGUGACUUUACUGCAAUUAAUUGUGUAAUUAAUAAAAAAAUA